UGGGGCCGGCCGCCCGCCCGCCCGGGGCCGUGAGGGGCGGCGAGGCGGCGGCGGCGGCGGGGCGGGCGCCGCGCGGGGAUGCCCGCUCGGGCCGGAAAGUUUCUUCCCCGCGGUGGCCGCCUGGCCGCGGACUCCUCGCCGGUCUUCCUCGGAGCUGGAGCGGCUGUAGGGAGCAGUGCUCUGGGUAGCCAGCCAUGAUCGCCACUGGAGGCCUCCUUAGGAUCUCAGCUAGGAAGCAGGAUCCCUUGCGACCCCAAAGCCAAGCCCCCAAACGCAAACGUAAGACCAAGAAGAAACGCAAGAAUGAUGUGGUGGUGGUGAAAGGCAAGCUCAAGCUGUGCUCCCUCUCGGGGCUCAUCGCCCUCUGUGGCAUCCUGGUACUGCUAGUGGGCAUUGCCUUGGCGGUGGUGGGCUACUGGCCCAAGCCCAGCCAGGUAUACAGAGAAGGUGGUGUCAGUGGGGGCAGACACCUGGCACCGCAGGGUGGCACCCCCAGGAACCGCUCCCGCAGCCAGGAAGGGGCACAAGCAGGCAUCCGUCCGGAGUCACCCCCCAGAGCCAACUCCUCCAUCACCACUGCCACCCGGGGGUUCCCGCAGUCCCGUCCCACUUCCUCAUCCCCCCAGGCCUCCGUGGGUUUCCUUUUCCGUCUUUUCUCAAGCUACCUGCAUUCAGACAAGCUGAAGGUGCUGGGCCCCCUCAUCAUGGGUAUCGGCAUUUUCCUCUUCAUCUGUGCCAAUGCGGUAUUGCACGAGAACCGUGACAAGAAGACCAAGAUCAUCAACCUGCGUGACCUCUACUCCACUGUUAUCGAUGCCCACAGCCUGCGGGCAAAGGAUGGAGGCACCCCGGCCUCAGCCCCUCUCAACGGCUUUGUCAAUUACGUGCAGUCCCGGGGCCUGGAGCUAAAGCCUGGUGGCGAAGGCCUGGGCGCCACGGCCAUGCUGGCCAAGAGCUCCUGGCCGCCAGGGCUGGGUGCUUCCCUUUCUCCACCUGACCUGGCAUCCUCGCCACGGCGUUCCUCUUUCUGCACCCCACCACAGCCUCCCAGCCUGGCCGAGGCCGUUUACAGCAUCUACCGGGAGCGUGCUGCCCUUGCUGGCCGCACCUUCACCAGCCCACCCUGCAGUCCACCGGAGAGCUGGGGCCAGCGCAGCACGGCCAGCUCCAUCGUUGGCUCUUCACUGAGUGCUUUCACCCUUCUGCCCUUGGCGCAGAGUGGUGGAGGGGGAGGCUGGCGGAGGCCCCCUGGUGAGCGGGGAGCCCGGGAGAUCCCACGGGGGGAGUUUGAACUGAGCCUGACUGACCUUAGCAGCAGCCACGUCGAGGGAGGCUACGGGACAAGGAGGCACAAGCUGGUUCUGAGGCGGCAGAGCACCAGCUGCUUGCCUGAUGCUAGGCGUCCCCUUUCCCCCGAGCCACCUCGGUCUCCAGCUGUCAGUGGGGACCCAGACUCCAGCCUAUUGGCAAAGGCAUCUCCUAGCUACUCCAAAUCUCUGGAUCUGGGGGUUUCACCCCCCUCCACUCCCCCUGCCGUCACCAGGACGGACUCUCAGAGCUCCCAGUUUGAUCCUUCCAGCAGCAAUAAGGGCUACAGCCACCUGGAGGAGGCUGGCACCUCCUUGGAGUCAGUUGCCAACAUCCCAGUCAGUAAAAUCCAGGACUGUGAGGACGAACCGGUUGAGAAGACAGACCCCCUCAAGGCUACCAGCAGAGAACAAACGGGGGAGCAAUCUCAGCAAACGCAAAGACAGUACACAAAUAAAGAGAAACUCUUUAUGAUUUCUAGGUCGCAUGCUGCAUUGGGACUGGAGGAUGGGGAACUGGAGAGUACUGGCAUCUAAACGAAACAGAGAAGGCACGAGGACACCUUGCAACCCUCCACACCUUUCCCCACUUCUCCCAGUGUUUUUGUGGACUUAAGAAACCAAUCAAUAUCCAAAGAGCUGCAGUAUGCCACCCUUGAAAUUUGAAUUCAAUAAAUCCUGUAGAUGACUUCAGGAAGAAAAAGAAAAUCCUUCUGUCCGAUUGUGAUUGUAUGUUCCAUGCAAGCCAAAUUGUAUUAAAUAUCCACAGUCCAGUAAGUUCUUUGGAUCAGAUUAAUACAAUUUCGGACAGUGUAACUGCACUUUACUUGUCUUGAUUUCCAAGUGCCCCUUCUCCUCUGAUUUCUUUCUUGCUGAUUCGCCACUAACUGCUUGAAAACCGCAGGCACCUUUUUAAGCUCAAGAGCAACGUGGUCUUCAGAUCAAGAAAGCCGAGCUCUCUCUUUGUUUUGGUUCAAUCACUCUAAAAAGUUUGCAAGGCCUUAAGGAUGACGUACCUUGACAAAGAAUGAGUUUGUUUAAAUUCUGGAAAAAUGACAUUUUAGAAGAGACUGGAGCAGAACAGAGCUCUGAUAAUUUAGUUAAAACCAUUACAUUCCUGAAUCCAAAAUACCUACUACGACGUGAUACUUUAUUAAGUAUUAUUACACAUGUAUUGACUAAUAGCAUUAAAAGUUUUUUUUAAUAAAACAUUUACAAACAAAACUGAGAGACAAACAAUCCUUUAUUUUGGUAAGUACAUACAGAAACCAGAAACCUCUGUUUUUUAUACUGUGAAUGAUUAUAGAGAUGCUACAAGGCUAAAGUUUGUUUAUGCUUUUAAGUGGAUAAUAAUAAUUUCGGAGUAGUUUCAAAACAAAUAUUGGUUCUGACUCUGAGAAACUGCCCUUUAGUUCAGUCAGCAGAUUCUGUCUGCAUGUCUAAGAGUGCUUUGUGACAGUGGAAGAAAUCUGAGUUAGGCAUGCCAAGGAAAAAAAAAACAACACGUUUGACCGAUCAAAAUUAUAUUUGUUGUGAGUAACACAUUAAUCUCAAACUGCAGCAUGUUCUUUCUGGAUUUUUCACUUACAACUGUUGCCUUAAGCCUUCCUGCUGUUAAGGGUUUCCAAUUGAUGAAUGCAUGUGCAUAAGCUUAAUUUUAAAUGAAGGUUCUGAAAAUCUCUUAGCUGUUCUCCCUAUUGAAGUCAUGGCUGUUUCUCACUGACUUCGAUGCGGUGACAGUUUCUUCAUGAGUGAGAAAAUCAAGUUUCCUUAAGGCUGGGCUAUGCAAUAUUGUCUGUGGGCAGAUUUUUAGUAAAUUGAUGAGUUGUUUCAUUUUCAUACCUGCAACACGACAGGCAUUCUUUUAUUUUGCCAUAGCAGCUAGCUUUAGCAAUCAGAAGAUUUUGUCAAUAUUUCAGAUUCUAAGUACGAAUGUGGCAUUUCAUCAGUACGAUAAGAGAAACUGGCAUUAAACAAAUACAAUGUGUAGGCAGGAGAUAGUUUUUCUGUUGCAAUUAAAAUUUUUGUUAUGGUUUCAUGUUUUAAAAUGUUUAGUUUAAUAUAUUUAAAUACUUACAUUACAGUACAUUGCAGAAUUGAAUAUAACUGUCACAAAAUACAAUGCAAAGAGUAAGCCAGCAAAAUUCUUUAUUAAAUAAGGCUAAUGUAAAAAAAUAUAAAUGAUUUGCCAUGUCAGAAUUCUGAAAGUGGGGAAGCAGAAAGUGCUUGUUGUCUUGAGCAACGGAGACAUCCAGAUGGCAAUAUCUUUUCUCCUGUCAGUGGCAACCAGUAAAAUGACAACACGAACAUCAGUACGACAUUUUUUGCUAUCAAACUGCUAGCACACAGCUGGCAAAAAAUAUGUUUUAAAACUGCAGGGACUGGAAGGGGAUUGUCGAGGCCCCACAUGAAGUGGUUGGCCUUCCCUGUGAGAAGGCAGCUCAGCUGGAACCGACGCUCACACAGUUCUUUCAUUUCAGUUCCAAAUCAGCAACAGACCUGCGCUUCUGCUCAGUGCUUCUCCUGUGAUUCCCAGCAAGAUUUAUGAGAUGUAUCUGAGCAGUGUUACCUGGUGCUGACAGAGAUGCUGAUGGCAGCAUUAUUUACACAGAUGAAGACACCCUGUUAUUUUCCACAUGAAAACUUCGUAAGAGGUGCAGGGAAAGAGGCCAGUCGUGGAGGCUGCUUCCUGGAGGAUGAGGUCCUCUUGAAAGGAGGAAUUUUUAUUCUGAAGGGCAGACAAAAGUCUUAUAUGUAUAUAUGUAUUCUCAGUAAAUAUUUCUUCAGUCAUCUGAAUUACAGUGUGCUCUGAAAAAAAAAA